AUGAUUUCAACAAUCGGCACAACAACAGUUCAAACAACAACAGUACCAAACUCGUUAGUUAUGAAUCCAACAUCUAUGUUAGUAGAGAUGAAAAGCUUCAUUCCUUCUUCAUAUACUUUCGAAACAAAAAUCCAGAAGAUAAAGCAGGAACUUUUAACAAGUAAUUUAGACUGUAGUGCGAAAGAUGAAACAAAUGAACAGUAUCUUUAUGAAAUGGAGGACCUCAUCGACCAUUUGCCUAAACUACCUGAAAUUCAGCAACAAAAACUAACCAUUCCUGAAUUCGACGAAAUUGAAGUCAAAGCAACUGACUCAGUAGAAAUAAAGAAGUUCAUACGAAAGGUAAACUAUGAGUUUCUAGGAUUUCAUUGCAACCAUAAGGUUAUGGACAAAGAUUGCGACAUGUUAUAUAAGAAUGUUUCUGACAUAUAUAAAUCUGAAGAAUUUAAGACCUACGACAACUUUGUUUCGU